AUUUUAUUAAUUUUGUUCAGGUACAUCUAUACAUAAUUUUAUUUUGGCAAUGGAUAAUGUUAAAAAUUUGCUAACAUCCUACAAUUAACUAAUUGCUUCCACUUAAUAAUACCAUGGGCGCAUUAAAUUCGUCAAGUAGGCUAGACACUAGGAUUUCCUUUAUACACGCGACUAUAGGUACGAAAUUUAACUGAUAACAUGAGGUAACUGAACAGUCGUGCAGUUACUAGUGAAAUGUCGUUUAGUGUCGUAGUUUUUAUAUUUGGUCUAUUUUUAGCUAUACAAAAUGUAUCCUAUUGUUCCGAUGACAUAAACUAUUGGAAAAAACUCGGUUUAGAAGAUAUAAAAAAAUCUAGGGAAAUAAAAAUUAUAAAUAAACCUGCCAAGAAUGUUAUAAUAUUUAUUGGAGAUGGCAUGGGACCCACGACUGUAACAGCUUCUAGAAUUUAUGGAAAAACCGAAAAAGGAAAUUUUGCCUUUGAAAAAUUUACCAAUUUAGGACUGCUAAAAACGUACUCUGCCGAUAAGUUAGUACCCGAUUCGUGCAGCACCGCCACAGCCCUCUUCAACGGCGUAAAAGCGAACCAAAAAACGGCGGGAGUCGAUCAAACAGUUCGCUACAACGACUGCGCAGCCUCCUUGAAACCGUCUGCGCAGCACGACUCGAUCAUCGACUGGGGACAAGCGGCAGGUAAAUCGACCGGGUUUGUCACCACGACAAGGGUCACGCAUGCCACGCCCAGUGCUUUAUACGCCCACACGCCCAACAGAAAAUGGGAGUGCGAAAAUACGAUGCCAAAAGGGAGUCCAUGCAAGGAUAUAGCGAAACAGUUGAUAGAGGAUUUGCCCGGGAAAAAUAUUCAAGUUAUUAUGGGCGGUGGGCGCCAAUGUUUGCAGUCGAACGUUACGAGUACCGAUGCUGACCCUAUAGAUACGUGGUCUUGCCUUAGCACGGACGGAAGAGACUUGAUACGGGAGUGGGAAAAGGAUAAAAUCAUCAGAAAGCUAUCCCACGCGUUCAUAGAAAAUAACGAGCAACUUUCCAAAUUAGACGCGGAAAAAACCGACUUUUUGCUGGGUAUUUUCGCCAAGGGCCAUCUAAAGCUUGACUACGCUAGAGAUAAAGGCCCCAAAGGUAUGCCGUCUCUAGCAAACAUGACGGAAAAGGCUAUUGAAGUUCUGAGAAAAAACAAAAACGGUUACAUCUUGAUGGUUGAAGGGGGUAUGAUAGACCAAAGUCACCAUAGAGGGCACGCUAGGCAAGCCUUAGAUGAAACUGUAGCCUUCAAUUUAGCCAUUGAAAAAGCCUUAGAAAUGACCAAUGAACAGGAAACUUUAAUUAUAGUUACAGCAGAUCAUUCCCACUCGUUGGUGUUUGCUGGCUAUUCAGACAGGAAUAACAGUAUUUUAAAUGUUGCUCAAUCAUCCCCAAUGGAUAAAAUACCUUAUACAUCUUUGUUGUACGGUACUGGAGGUCCAAAUAAUUUUCAAUAUCACAUAGACAACAACACAGUACUAAGAAAUGACCCUUCAAAAAACAACACUCAAGAUUUUGAAUAUUCUCAACAAUCUGCUGUUUUAAACGAUGAAGUCACUCACUCUGGUACAGAUGUCGCCAUCUAUGCCAAUGGCCCGAUGGCGCAUUUAUUUAACUCGGUUCACGAACAAACCUAUGUAGCUUAUGUCAUAAGUUACGCUGCAAAUAUAGGACCUUUAAAAACAUUACACAGCAGUGAAAACUCAGUAUUAUGCCAUUUUAGCGCCAGCAAUUUAAUAAUUUUGUGUUUGGCUGUUAUAAUUUUCCAAUUAAACUGAAAAUUAGUCCUUUAAAACCCUAA